AUGAGACUGACAAAUCAGACCCAGGUGACAGAAUUCCUCCUUCUGGGACUCUCUGAUGACCCACAUGCCCAGCAGCUGCUAUUCAUCUUAUUCCUGGGUGUCUACCUUGUCACUGUGACUGGAAAUCUGCUUCUCAUAUCCCUUGUUCACCUUGACUCUCAGCUUCACACACCCAUGUAUUUUUUUCUCUGCAACUUGUCUUUGGCUGACCUGUGCUUCUCUACCAACAUAGUGCCUCAGGCCCUAGCCCACCUGCUUUCCAGGAAGAAGGUCAUUUCAUUUGCACGUUGUGCAGCUCAGCUUCUACUGUUUCUCAUUUUUGGGUGUACACAGUGUGCCCUUCUGGCAGUGAUGUCCUAUGAUCGGUAUGUAGCAAUCUGCAAACCUUUAUAUUACCCAAGCAUCAUGACCUGGAAGGUGUGUGUCCAGCUGGCUGCAGGAUCAUGGACCAGUGGCAUUCUGGUAUCUGUGGUAGACACUACCUUCACACUAAGGCUACCCUUCCGAGGCAGUAACAGUGUUGCCCAUUUCUUUUGUGAGGCCCCUGCACUGUUGAUCCUGGCAUCUACAGACACCCGUACUUCAGAGAUGGCCAUUUUCCUAAUGGGAAUUGUGAUUCUCCUCAUACCUGUUUCACUAAUUCUGGUAUCCUAUGGCCACAUCAUAGUGACUGUGGUCCAGAUGAAGUCAUCUGCAGGGAUGCUCAAGGCAUUUUCUACCUGUAGCUCCCACCUUAUGGUGGUUAUCCUUUUUUAUGGGUCAGCAGUUGUCACCUACAUGACACCCAAGUCUUCUAAAGAGCAGGAAAAACUAGUAUCUGUUUUCUAUGCAGUAGUGACCCCCAUGCUUAACCCCCUCAUAUACAGCCUGAGGAACAAGGAUGUGAAGGGAGCUCUGAGGAAAGCAGUCACAAGAAAUUUCCCAUGCCAGCUUGGAAUCUCCCACUGA